CUUCAAAUACCUAAUAUCUACCUAGGUAGACAGAUAACACUACUUUGGAUGCCUGAGAUACUUCAAAUACGUGGAUGAUACCUUAUCCACAGAUGGUCUGUCAUAACGUAACGUAUUGUAAGAUCUACGCCAGGCCCGGCAUCGGCGUAGUCAUAACCAAUCAGAUUGCAGCCAAAUAAGUAAGCCGAAAAGCAGCAAAAAAAAAGGGCAUUAAAUGUUGCCAUCUCCCGAGCGUCGUCUUCUUUCUCCGCAAUCCACACUUCCACAGGCCGUCAAGAUGGUGAGGCAGCUUGUCUGGCAGCGGGCUACCGCCUCUCGCAGGCUGGCCCCGAAAUGCCUCUCCCCGCAACAAUUGUUCGCACGACGUGGCCUAGCCACUGAGGCAUCCGCCGCACGCAUGCCGCCUUACCCCAAGAUUGUGCGGAAUCUCGAGCAGGUUCGGAAGGUGUUGGGAUCCUCGCGUGCCCUCACCCUUGCGGAGAAGAUCCUCUACGCCCAUCUGGACAAUGCGGAGGAGUCCCUGUUGACGGGCACUAACAAUGGAAAAGACAUUCGCGGCAAGGCCAACCUGAAGUUGAAGCCGGACCGAGUGGCGAUGCAGGAUGCGUCGGCCCAAAUGGCGUUGUUGCAGUUCAUGUCCUGUGGCCUGCCGUCGACCGCAGUGCCCGCCAGUAUCCACUGCGACCAUAUGAUUGUGGGUGAGCGUGGCGCGGACACCGAUCUGCCUGCCUCCAUCGAGGGUAACCGGGAAGUGUUUGACUUCCUGGAGAGUGCCGCCAAGCGCUACGGUAUUGAAUUUUGGCCCCCCGGUGCUGGUAUCAUCCACCAGAGUGUGCUGGAGAACUACGCCGCUCCUGGUCUGAUGAUGCUGGGCACGGACAGCCACACACCUAAUGCGGGAGGUUUGGGAGCUAUUGCUAUUGGUGUCGGUGGUGCAGAUGCUGUGGAUGCAUUGGUGGAUGCUCCCUGGGAAUUGAAGGCACCUCGUAUUCUUGGUGUGCGACUCGAGGGUAAGCUGAGCGGCUGGGCCUCUCCCAAGGAUAUCAUUCUGCAUCUGGCCGGUAAGCUCACCGUCCGUGGUGGUACCGGCUAUGUGAUUGAGUACCAUGGUCCCGGUGUCGAGACGCUCAGCUGCACCGGUAUGGCUACCUGUUGCAACAUGGGUGCGGAGGUCGGAGCCACCACCUCGGUCUUCCCCUUCUCCCCCAGCAUGGUUCCCUACCUGCAGGCGACGCACCGAGGCCAUGUGGCCCAGGCGGCGGCCGAGAUUGCUGCAUCAGGCCCCAAGAACCUUUUGCGCGCCGACGAUGGUGCAGAGUAUGACCAGGUGAUCACGAUUGACUUGUCGACGCUCGAACCUCAUGUCAACGGACCCUUCACCCCGGAUCUGUCCGUGCGCCUGUCUGACUUUGCCAACACCGUCCGCGAGAACAAGUGGCCCGAGACUCUUGGUGCUGGAUUGAUCGGUAGUUGCACCAACAGUUCCUAUGAGGACAUGACUCGCGCAGAGGACCUGGUCAAGCAGGCGUCAGCGGCUGGCCUAAAGCCCAAGGCGGACUUCUUCAUCACGCCUGGCAGUGAGCAAAUUCGGGCCACUCUGGACCGUGACCAGACCCUGUCUUCCUUCUCUGAGGCUGGCGGCACCGUCUUGGCCAACGCCUGCGGACCCUGCAUCGGGCAGUGGAAGCGAACCGACGGUGUCGCCAAGGGCGAGGACAAUGCCAUCUUCACCUCCUACAACCGUAAUUUCCCCGGACGCAAUGAUGGCAACCGACGCACCAUGAACUUCCUGGCGUCGCCAGAGAUUGUGACCGCCCUUGCCUACUCGGGCAGCACCACCUUCAACCCCAUGAUCGACACUCUGAAGACCCCGAGCGGUGAAGACUUCAAGUUCCGCCCUCCCCAGGGCUCUGAUCUUCCCAGUGCUGGGUUCGCCGACGGCAACCCUGCCUUCCAGCCCAGCGCUGGUGUCCCUGAUGCCUCCGUCGAGGUCAUUGUUUCCCCCACCUCUGAGCGUCUCGCUUUGCUGGAGCCUUUCGCUCCCUUCCCCGAGGGCGAGCUGUCGGGCUUGAAGGUCCUGUACAAGGUCAAGGGUCAGUGCACAACUGACACCAUCUCCGCGGCCGGUCCGUGGUUGAAGUACAAGGGCCACCUGCCCAACAUCUCCGCCAACACUCUGAUCGGCGCGGUCAACGCUGCCACUGGCGAGACGAACGUUGCUUACGAUGACGCUGGCAACAAGCACUCAAUUCCCGACCUGGCUGCUCGGUGGAAGGCCGACGGCAUUGAAUGGCUGGUUGUGGCCGAGGACAACUAUGGCGAGGGUAGCGCGCGUGAGCACGCGGCUCUGCAGCCGCGGUACCUGGGCGGCCGGAUCAUCGUGGCCAAGAGCUUCGCACGCAUCCACGAGACCAACCUGAAGAAGCAGGGUGUAGUCCCCCUGACGUUCGCCGACAAGGCCGACUACGACCGCAUUGACGCAUGCGACCAGGUCGACACUGUCGGGCUGUACGAGACACUGCAGUCCGGCGGUCAGGGAUCAAUCCAGCUGCAGGUCACCAAGAAGAACGGCGAGAAGCUGACGAUUCCAGUCAAUCACACUCUGAGCAAGGACCACGGGCACACCAGUGAUUUCUAUACCGGUGAUAAGUUGGACAAAAAGAAGUUGUAUACAUCUCUGGGUAUCGGAGGCGUUCGCGUGUAUGGUUCUCCAUCCAGAACUCCAUUCUCGCUCAAAAUGCCAGAAACAGUCCGUCCGGCCUUUGCCGACCGGCCGCGUCCGCUGCUCUCAUACGGAGCCCCAUUCCCCACCGCGGCCGCCCACCGUGUCGUCGACACUUUAGGAGCCUCAAAGAUCUACAUCAUCUGCUCGGGCUCGCUGGCCCGCAACACAGAUGCUUUGGACCGUCUGGUCGCGGCACUAGGACCGGGGAAGGUUGCCGGCCGCCGGAUCGGCAUGCAGAGCCAUACCUUAUGGUCUGAAGUCCUGGAAAUCGUGCACGAUGCGCGGCGAGUUGAAGCCGAUCUACUCUUGACCCUCGGCGCGGGCAGCCUGACCGAUGGAGCCAAGGUGGUCGCAUUGGCUCUUGCAAACAACGUCCAGACGGCAUCCGACCUCGCAACGCUAGCCACAGGCCCCGACCAACGCGCCGACAUCCACGCACCCACCAUCCCCAUCAUCUCCAUCCCCACCUCCCUCUCCGCAGGCGAGUACUCCAACUUCGCCGGCGCAACAGACGACACCACCCGCCGGAAACACUCCUUCCAGGCGUCGACGCGCGGGCCCCAGCUCGUCAUCCUCGACCCGGACCUCGCAACCACCACCCCGCCGUCCAUCUGGCUGAGCACCGGCAUCCGCGCCGUAGACCACUGCGUUGAGACGCUGUGCGCCACGACGGGGGCCACCGAAUCGACAGACGCGCACGCCAUGCACGCGCUGGAGCUGCUCGUCCCGGGGCUACUGCGGUGCCGGCAUGACCCUGCCGGGCACGACCGCGACGCACGUCUGCAAUGCCAGCUCGGCGCGGUGAACGCCAUGGCGGCGUUGACGGGCGGGUUGUCGGUCGAGCUGGGCGCCAGCCACGGGAUAGGCCACCAGCUUGGGCCAUUGGGGGUCGGGCACGGCGAGACGAGCUGUAUCCUGCUGCCGGCUGUGUGCAAGUUCAAUGCAAAGCAUGGCGCUAAUCGCGAGCAGCAGGAGCGGGUGCGGGAGUUUCUUGUGCGGAACGCCGAGGUGGCGCGCGUGCUGCGCGAUCGGGGCGUCGAUGCCUCUACGGCGGAUCUGGGGGAUGUUUUGGAUGCGGUCAUUCGGGAGCUGGGGAUGCCGCGCUCGUUGAAGGAGGUCGGGGUGGGUCGGGAUGCGCUGGAUGAGUUGGCGGCCAACAGUCUGCAUGAUCGCUGGUGCAAGACGAAUCCCGUGCCGUUGACGGAGAAGGGGCAAGUCCUGGAGAUCCUGGAGAUGGUCGUGGACUGAUUGUGGCUAUUGUAAAGCCGUACGUUGAUGAUCUUUAUGACACAAUUUACCGAGAUGAUUUACUACAGGACAAAGGUACUGUCUAUUUCAAUCCAAAGUCAUGGUUUGUAACUCACGAGAUGAAUAAAUCCCUCGAGGGAUCAGGACUCUCGUACAACGCUGUAUAGUGAUUCAUCACAGGAAUAAAAAUAAUAACAAACGACAAAUCAUAACUGCCAGUUGUAU